AUGGGAAAAGCUAGAGUGGCACCGCUUAAGAAUAUAACUGUUCUCAGACUUGAACUGAAUGCUGCUACCAUUGCAACAAAGUUAGAUUCCUUACUGAAGGAAGAAUUACAAAGUGAAGUAGGACCAAGUGUAUUUUGGUCGGACAGCACGGCCGUCCUCGGAUAUAUAAACGACAGGACAGCAAGGUAUCAUACCUUUGUGGCGAACCGCUUAACUACUAUUCUAGACCGAUCAGCACCGUCACAGUGGAAGUAUGUUCCUACAGAAUUAAAUCCCGCAGACGAUGCAUCGAGAGGACAGACCUCCGAAGAAUUUUUAAACUGCCAUCGUUGGCUUGAAGGACCAGAUUUCUUGUGGAAGCCAGAAGAGAACUGGCCCAAAGAACGCUGCGCCUUAGAACUGAGAGACAACGAUCCUGAAGUAAAGGCACCUAUAUUAGUAAGUGCUAUCAUGUUGGCUGAAUCAGAGGAAAUUCUGACUCGUGUGAUGAACAGAUAUUCAGAUUGGGCAACCUUGAGAAAAUCUGUAGCAUGGCUGUUGAAGUUUCGAAGUAUGUUGCAUAAUUUCAGCAAACUGCGUAAAGAAUUGACAAAAGAGUUAACAGGAAUGAUUAACGGGAAUGAUUCAAAAGAAACAGGACGGCUAGUAGAAGCAGAAAUAUCCAAACUAAGACAAAGUAAAGCUGCAGAAUUUGGCAAACCCUUAGAAUUAUCCGACAUUGAGAAUGCGGAGAGAGAAGUGAUAAUACUGGUUCAGAGAAAGGCGUUUGGAGAUGAAAUCGAAAGUUUGGAAAAGAAUGUUGCUAAGCCGAUAAAGACAGGAAGUUCAAUCUUCAAGUUGGAUCCCACAAUAUCAAAUGGAACAUUGAGAGUGGGAGGACGUUUGGAACGUUCAAGAAUGCCGCAGGAAAGCAAGCAACCAGUUAUCUUGCCGAACAAAUCCAAUGUUUCGGAACUUAUCAUUCGUCACACUCAUAGUGUUGUAGGACAUAGUGGACGGAACUUUGUAUUGUCGAAGUUGAGAGAAAAAUACUGGAUCGUGAAGGCUAACUCAGCUAUUCGGAGAAUAAUUGGCAAGUGUGUGAUGUGUCGAAAAUUAAGAUCAAAACCAUGUGAGCAGAAGAUGGCAGAUCUGCCAGUGGAUGGCAUCGCUCCGGAUGAACCACCUUUCACUAGGGUUGGUACCGACUACUUCGGACCAUUUGAAAUCAAACGAGGACGCACCUUAGAAAAACGAUAUGGCGUCAUAUUUACCUGUUUUGCAACACGCGCCAUUCACAUAGAAGUGGCGCACUCAAUGUAUACUGACUCGUGUAUCAACGCCUUGCGAAGAUUCAUCGCACGUAGAGGCCAAGUGAAGCAAAUACAUUCCGAUAAUGGGACAAACUUUGUAGGCGCCAAUAAACUUCACCCCACUCAUGUACCGUAA